AUGGAGCAAGAAAUUCAAAUAGAUAAUAAUAAUAUAGAGAAUCUACAACAACAAUAUCAUAGUACAGGUACCAAUCCAGAUAUUAUGUUUGGUUUAGGAACAGAUAUUAUAAAUAAAGAUAUGUGGUGGAAAUUAUUAUACACAAUGUUCACUAUAACAGCUAUAGGAUAUUUAAUGGCAAAAAGAACAUCUAAUAGGAUAUUUGUAAUGGUCAAACCAGUACCAGUUGUAAUUUUAGGAUAUAUAGUUUUAUUAUGGUGUUCAAUUCAUCACAAAACAGGCACACAACAAGUUUUAAAUGAUGCUCUUCAUUUAAUAGUUCCACACAAUCCUACCCAAUACGCAGUAUAUAUUUCAGUUGGUCUUUUCUUAUCAGCAAUUGGCGAUUUUUUCCUUCUCUAUAAAAGAUUUUUCAUUCAUGGUGUUUUCUUUUUCUUGAUUGCUCACAUUAGUUUUAUUUUUGCUUUCACCUCAUCCGAUCAAUUCUUUACACCAAUAGUUAUAGGUCUUUUAGUUGGUAUAGUGUUAUUUUUUGCCUUUAUGUUUUUAGCCAAAGUCUUCCCAUUAUUCUCAAAGAUGGGAAUCUCCCGUUCAUUAGCCGUAGCUUUAUUCUUUUAUACAAGUGUAAUUGUAGCAAUGUGUUAUACCGCUUCCGUCAGAUCAAUCACAAAACUCUUAACUUUAAUAAUUUCAAAUAAUACAGCAGAUAUCACUUCAAAACUUUUCACAUCAAUGACUUUUUACGCUUCAAUUGGUGCCAUUGGUGCUGUAUUAUUCUUUAUCUCUGACAUGAUGAUUUUGGUAAGAGAGGUUAAUUUAUUAUCAAACAAUAACGUUAGCAAGGUCAGAAAGGUUUUAGGUCACGGCGAUCUUGGAAUGAUAGUUUAUUGGUUGGGUCAAUUUUGUAUUGCCUUAUCAGUAUCCCACUAA